UACAUUCACUCUCUCUCUCUCUCCUUCUCACUCCGACUAUUUAGCAACUGCUCUGUAAAUACAUCACAGAAACAAGCAGGAGUACAAGAGCUUUCCAUUUCACAGAGAAACAUUUGCUUUGGAUCUGUGUCUGGAUUAUUCUUGUGUUGAAGAAGCUGUGUGUGAGAGGGUCUUUACCAGAGGUCAGAGGUCAUUAACAGGGAGCCAGGAUGGGCUGCCUCUCAGCAUGGACCUUUCUUCUGUUUCUGUUGGAAAUUACAGGCACUUUUUCUCAAGGGACAUGGAGAAACAUAAUGGGGACAUCAUGGAGACCAAACCCAGCUGUGUACCAUAAUGAAGAUAAUUACGAGUGGACCACAUGGUUCAAUGUAGAUCACCCUGGAGGAAAAGGAGACUAUGAGAAGCUGAAUGCCAUUCGUUUUUAUUAUCGAGCGCGUGUGUGUGAGGUUCCUCGAGCUCUAGAGGCACGCACUACCGAAUGGAUCCCAGCUCGCAGCACUGGGGAAAGAGUACAUGCUGACCCGGUUGUAGGCUUCUGGUGUGUCAAUGAUGAACAGCCUGUUGGGAGGAACUGCUCAAACUAUGCUGUACGCUUCCUAUGUCCUAGAAACAUUGUUUCAGAUAAUGAAGAACUGAUAUGGGGUCCAUGGUCAGACUGGAGUGUGUGUCCAGCCCAAUGCAAUCAGGUGGCAACACAGCAUCGCUCUAGAAGCUGCAAAUCCAAUUCUAAACAAUGCAAUGGCCAAACGGUCGAGGCCAGGUCAUGCCAAGGGCCACCUUGCCCACGCUGUGAUCUGCAGUGCAUGAUGGGCAAAGUAAACGAUGAGUGUGAUGGUUGCAUGUGCCAGGAUCAUACAGUUUUAGGAUCAGUCCGUAGUGCCGGGGGUCUCCCUGCACCUGGAGCUGCCAUUCUCCGUGCUGGUUCCAGGCCUAAACUCCUCACCGUUACUGAUCACAAUGGGCACUUUCAGGUCCCUGGAAUCUGCCCUGAUGGCAACAGUACUCUGAUGAUCAAGCUGAAUAAUCAUGCUCCACACCAAGUCACUGUGCCAGCAAGCACCGAACGCACGUCCGUCCUCCUUUUGAAGCUAGAGAGAGCAAAAAAACUGUAUGUGCUGAAAAACCCUGAGAACAAGGCCAGAAGGGAAGGUCAGACAGCUGCCUUCUGUUGUAAGGUUGAUGGGACACCUGAACCAAACCAGUAUGAAUGGUUCCACAAUGGCACUCUGCUGGACAGGAGUAAAUAUCAGUAUGACGAGACACUGGUUUUGAGGAAUCUCAGUUUGGACCAUAUUGGAGAAUACUACUGCAGAGCCAGUAAUGAGAACGGAGCCAUCAAAUCCAAACCAGCCACCCUCACGGUUAUUGGUCAAAAAGAACCGUCAUGCAACCCUAAGCCUGAUUCCCACCUGAUCCGCCUACCACAUGACUGCUUUCAAAACGAGACUAACUCUUUGUAUUACGAUGUGGGGAGAUGCCCAACAUCCACAUGCACAGGGAAGCUGGAUAACGGCAUCAGAUGCAAAGACUCAGUGUCCUACUGCUGUGGAAUUUCAAACAUGGAGGAGAAAGAGAUUAAAUGUCAGGGAUAUCAGUUGCCCAUCAUGGUAGUGACUCAGUGUGGUUGCAAAACAUGUGUGGACACAAAAGCUAUCAUUCGUGGACGUGCUAUCGCAGCAGACACUGAUGAGCCCAUGAGGUUUGGACACAUCUACAUGGAUGGCACAAGAAUAAGUCGAACUGGAUACAAAGGCACAUUCUCAAUCCAGGUACCAACAAACACAGAGCGUCUAGUCCUCACAUUUGUGGACAACAUGCAGAAGUUUGUGAACACCACAAAAGUUUUACCAUUUAAUCCUAAAGGUGGAGCUGUGUUCUAUGAGAUCAAGUUAUUGAGGAAAAAGCCAGCUGUGACCAUCAGCUCAAGGGAAACUAAUAAGCUAGAUCUUGGUGAGGUAGAAGGCCAGGAUCCCAUUGCUGAGAUUGAGAUCCCACCCAAUGCAUUCUAUAAAGAAAAUGGAGAAGUGUUCAUGGGAAAUGUCAAAGCCAGUGUGACUUUCCUCGACCCCAGGGAUGUAUCAACAGCAGCGGCUGCCCAAAGUGAUCUCAACUUCAUUGGUGAUGAAGGUGACACUCUGCCCUUGAGGACCUAUGGAAUGUUCUCAGUGGACUUUAGGGACGAAGAAGGAGGCGAGCCGCUCAACGCCGGAGAGGUGAAAGUGCGUCUCGAUGCAGCACAAGUGAAGAUGCCCGAGCACUUGAAGACCAUGAAAUUAUGGUCUCUUAAUCCUGAGACAGGUUUGUGGGAGGAAGAGGGCCAGUUCUAUGCUGAGAAGAAGCAAAGGGGGAAAAGAGAGGAGAGGACCUUUCUCAUAGGUAACAUGGAAAUCCGUGAGAGGCGGCUAUUUAACUUGGAUGUACCUGAGAACAGAAGAUGUUACGUGAAAGUGCGGGCUUUCCGUAGCGACCGGUACAUGCCAAGUGAGCAAGUUGAAGGAGUCGUGAUGACUUUAAUAAAUAUGGAGCCCACACCAGGGUUUUCAACCAACCCUCGGGCUUGGGGUAGAUUUGACAGUGUCAUCACUGGCCCAAAUGGUGCGUGCCUUCCAGCUUUCUGUGAUGAACAGAAAGCAGAUGCAUAUUCGGCCUACAUCAUGGCCAACCUUGGGGGAGAAGAGCUAGAGGCUGUAGCAUCCUCUCCAAAGUUGAAUCCUAACAUAAUUGGCGUCCCACAACCCUAUUUGAAUAAACUUAACUAUAGACGUACGGACCACGAUGAUCGCAGAAUAAAAAAGACAGCAUUCAGCAUGAAUGUGGCCAAACCCCGGUCAAACACGGCUGAGGAGGCCAAUGGUCCAGUUUAUCCAUUUGACAAGCUUAAAGAGUGUGAGGAAGCUCCAUUCAGCGCAGCUCACUUCCGCUUCUCGAGAGUUGAAGGAGAUCGGUAUGAUUACAACACAGUGCCUUUCAAUGAGGACGAUCCUAUGAGCUGGACUGAAGACUACUUGAGUUGGUGGCCAAAGCCCAUGGAAUACAGGGCCUGCUACAUUAAAGUAAAACUCAACAGUCCCCAUGAGAUCAAUGUUCGUUCUCGCAAUAUGGGAGGUACCCAUCCAAAAACCGUUGGCCAACUGUAUGGCAUCCGUGACACCAGAAGCAUCCGGGACAUGGACCAGUCAACUGUUUCAGCUGUGUGUCUGGAGUUUAAGUGCAGUGGGAUGCUCUACGAUCAAGACAGAGUGGAUCGGACCCUCGUGAAGGUAAUGCCUCAGGGCAGCUGCAAGCGAGACAGUGUAAACAGCAUGCUACAGGAAUACUUGGUGAAUCACCUUCCACUGGCUGUCAACAAUGACACAAAUGAGUUCACCAUGCUUGCACCUCUGGACCCUCUGGGCCACAACUACGGUAUCUAUACAGUGACUGACCAAGACCCCCGGACAGCCAAAGAAAUUGCGCUUGGCCGGUGCUUUGAUGGUACAUCAGAUGGCACCUCUCGAGUCAUGAAGAGCAAUGAAGGUGUGGCAUUAACAUUCACCUGUGGUGAUAAAGAGGUCACUAGGCAGAGUAUGUUCCAGCAGAUGCAGAACUCACUGGGUCAAGCCACAGCUGGAAGUGCACGGCAGGGAAGAGGAAACCGGAGGCAGAGAGGAGGCUCAGCAGCACCUCGCAGCAGUAAGAGGAGUACUCGUAAUUCCUACACACGUGCCCAGACCGUUGGUUGAUAUUCCAAGAACUUAAAAACUCUACAUGAGACAAGACAGACCCAAUCUCUAUGGGGACUGCUCUUAUGAGAGUUUCUGGAUUUAAGCCAUUUUCAAAC